UUUAAAAGAGGUGAUUAUCAUCCAAAUGGCCUUCAUCUCUAUUCUCUGUUCCAGGCUGAUUCAUGGAGGGCAGCUGUUAAAUGGCUUGGCGGGGCCAACUGUGAUGAACGCAGCCCCGUUUCUUUCCACAACAUGGUUCUCUCCAGAUGAACGUGCAACAGCAACGGCGAUUGCCUCCCUGCUCAAUUACCUGGGCUGUGCUGGCGCGUUUUUAGUGGGACCUCUUGUAGUGCCAUCUCCUAAUGGAACGUCGCACCUCCCGCUGUUGUCACAGAGCAACACCGAGCACAUCAAGGACCGCAUUGAGGCUGUGCUCUAUGCAGAAUUUGGGAUGGUUUCCUUGAUAUUUUCCGCAGCGUUGGCCUACUUCCCCUCUCGCCCUCCAUUCCCUCCCAGUGUGGCUGCAGCUAGUCAACGACUUAGCUACAGGAGGAGCUUCUGCAGACUCUUAAGCAAUUUCCGAUUCUUGAUGAUUGCUUUAGCCUAUGCUAUACCACUGGGUGUUUUCUCUGGCUGGUCUGGCGUUCUGGAUUUGAUAUUAACACCAGUUCAUGUGAGCCAAGUAGAUGCGGGCUGGAUUGGAUUUUGGUCUAUAGUUGGAGGCUGUGUUGUUGGCAUAGCAAUGGCAAGGUUUGCAGAUUUUAUUAGGGGCAUGCUGAAAUUUAUUCUGCUGCUGCUUUUAUCUGGAGCAACGUUAGCAUCAACCUGGUUCACUCUCACCUGUCUAACUAGUGUCACCCAUCUGCCUUUAACCACAGCCACACUGUACACAUCCUGUAUUUUGUUGGGCAUAUUUCUCAACAGCAGCAUACCAAUAUUCUUUGAGCUCUUUGUGGAAACAGUCUACCCUGUUCCAGAAGGAAUUACCUGUGGAGUUGUCACCUUUUUGAGUAAUGUGUUUAUGGGAGUGCUUUUGUUUUUCCUCACGUUUUACCACACAGAGUUCUCCUGGUUCAACUGGUGCCUCCCAGGAUCGUGUCUGCUCAGCCUGCUCCUCAUCCUGUGCUUCCGGGAAUCCUACGACAGACUCUAUCUUGACGUCGUUGUCUCUGUUUGAUAACACAGGACUGCUGACAGGUUGGAAGAGACUGAAUUGAUUUUUGCAGUCUGCAUAUCUGCCUGGAUUUGCACAGCUGGCCAGGAGGGGGGGGGGGGGCCAAUACAAGAUAUAAUUGUGGCUUUAUUAGUGAUGGUGAGGACAGGAUGUUUCUUACAUUCAAACCCACUCAAUUUGCAUUCAUUACAGGCAGAUGAACGUGCAACUUGAGUGGUCAUAAAGAUGCCUGAAGUGCACAAGAAGAAUAUAUCUGAUGUACAGGUUCCAGUGUCUGACCUGGGUUUCUCUAUCUGAAGGCUGUUCGUUCAUGUAGCAGUGAGGUGUGUGUGUGUGUGUGUGUGUGUGUGUGUGUGUGAGCCAACUCAAGGUUGUAUGCACUGGGAUACCGGUAACUUUUGAGUCUUCUAUCAGAAUAGGAACAGUGAAUAAUCUCAAAAA